AUGCUGCAGAUGCUGCGACUGAACUCGAGCAGGCAUAGGUACUACGAAGUUACUGGAGGCAGCCAGGUACUCAUCUCUCUAUAUCACGUCUUCCUCGUUGUCUGUCUCCUCAUCGUCGGCCAUCCACCAUCAGCCUCUUCUACUUGGCUGUGGAUAUCACUGUCAUUAUCUCAUCAUCCUCGUCAUCAUCGUCGUUAUCCCGUCGUCCUCGUCGUCGUCGUCGUCGUCGCCGGCCUGUUCGUCUAUCGCUCCAAAGUACCACCCUGUCACCCCCUUGCCGCCCGUCCCCUCCCUCACCGCCCUCUUGCUCCCCCUUCUUUCCACGGCCUCUUCGUUGCUUCUUCCCACCUCCUUGCUUUUUUCCCCUGCUUAGUCACCCGCCCUCCUUUCUCCGAUCUUCCUCUUUCUUCUUCUUCUUCUUCUUCUCCUGCUCGUCCGCCUCUUCGUCAUCUCAUCUCAUCUCAACCUCCGACCUUCGACCUCACCUUCACCUUUCGCCUUCACCCUCGACUUCAUCUCUUCUUCUUCUUCUUCCUUCGCCCCGCCGUCACCACCAUCAUCUACCGCCGACUCCCUUUCUCUUCUCGUCUCGACCUCGCCUUCACCUUGGACUCUCUCCUCGACUUCGCCUCUUGGACUGUACUCGAGUCACAGCUGCUGCCGUUGACUGACGUUGACUCACCUCGACCACCACCACCACCACUACUACUACUGCGGCUCCAGAGUACACUUGAGACAGUCGAAUACCGAUAA